AUGGCGACCCCGCCCGAAGAAGCAAAAAAGACCAUGUCGGCACAAGAGCAAGCCCGCCUCCGCCGCGAACGACGAAACGCCAAAAUCGCAGCCGGCGGCGCAUCUCGUCUGGCGGCCAUCACGAGCCUCAGCGGCCGUCCGGCCCCGGAACCGGAAGAGGCACGAAUCGCACCAAGUCCGCAGACCUCAACAUCAGGACAGGCAUCACCAUCUCCUGCACGACAGCAACCUCCCCACGCCAUGCAACAACCCCCAUUUGACACCCCCGACUCCUCCGCCGACCCAAUGCUCGCCAUGCUCCAACAAAUGCUCCAAGCCCAAAGCGGCGACCAGACUCCCGGCGGCGGCCCCCCACCCGACUCAUUCGCCGGCCUCCCACCCGGCCUAGCGCAAAUGCUCGGCGCCCCCCCUCCUCCUGGCGGCCAACCCGGCGGCCCCCCAUCAGAUCCAUUCGCCGGCCUCCCACCCGGCCUGGCGCAGAUGCUCGGCGCCGGGCAGUCAGGGCAGGCGACGCUGAAGCCGCAGACGAGCUACGCGUACGUGUGGCGGAUCGUGCACGCAGUGUUUAGUCUUGUGCUGGGGUUCUAUGUCGCGGUGGGCACGGGGUUUACGGGGAGUGAGCGCGGGCGGGGGGUGCCAGCAGACGGGGUGCAGUAUCACUUUGCCCAGCGGUUGUUUCUGAUCUUCGCGACGGCGGAGGUGGGGUUGCAGACGACGCGGUAUUUUCUGGAGCGGGGGCAGCUUCCGGCGAGCGGGAUGCUGGGGAAGGUGGCGAUGAUGGCGCCGGAGCCGUGGGCGGGGUAUGUGCGGGUGGUGGGGCGGUAUGCUGUGAUAUGGAAUACGAUUGUGGCGGAUGCGAUGGCGGUGGUGUUUGCGUUGGGGGUGGUGGCGUGGUGGAAUGGGGGGAAAUAG